AUGAGGCGUCGUAUCUGGCUUCAGGCCACGGCUUCUGUUGUUCUUCUCGGGGCUGCUCACGCGCAGCUAGACUCGUUACCGCCAUGUGGUAUCUCAUGUGUCAACACUGUCAUUGCAAAGGGGUUCGGCUGCGCAUCUCAGGACAACUCUUGCCUUUGCAAGCAACAAGAUUUUGUAUUUGGCGUUCGUGACUGUGCAUCGCAGUCUUGCGGCGCCGACGUCGCUACCAAGGUGAACGAUUACGUGACGGCUCUCUGUGCAACUGCGACUCAGGCUCCUCCUGCAUCGACACAACCGCCUGCAUACCAGCCGGCUUCCUCGCCGCCGCCACAACCCACCACGCCCGCACCGGCCCAAGCAUCAUCUGAGCCACCUCAACCAGCGACUACUAUCGCAACAAACGGUGCAGAGAAACCGUCGUCCCAACCCGUCAACUCGACACCGGCAGAUGCAACAAGCAAGGCGAUCUCUGAGGUUGCCCAGGCUACGCAAAUCUCAACUCCUGCCCCCACAACUAUGUCAACAUAUACCAAAUCAACCACCAAGUCAACUACUUCGACCUCGACAGGUUCCCAGGCCUCGCAAUCCGGCUCCGCCUCAGAGAGCGAUUCAGGAAAGCUCUCCAGCGAUACUGCAGGCCUCUCAGUACCAGCGAAGAUUGGAAUUGGCGUUGGCGCUGGCGUGGGCGUCCUUGCAAUCGCCCUUGCUCUCUACCUAUUAGUGAGAAGGCCGCAGAACAGGACACGUUCCAUGCAGAUCUCAGGACCGAUGCCAGGCUCUGGGAGAGACUACGGCAUUGUGGGCAUGACUGGCAAGAAUCACUCGGAGCUGGAAAUGCGGUCGCGAAGGUAUGAGGAUAUGGUUCCACGCCAGUCCCCGAGACGGAUGAUUUGA